AUGGGCUCCGUGCGCUACGCCCUGCUUCUUUCCCUUUUUGCAACUCUCGACGCACAACUUUUUUACGGUCAGUUUUUUUCUCGGUUUUGGAAAAAGCGAAGUCUCUUCAGACGACGUGAAGCAUUACGGUUGUCGAUGUCUUCAAAAGGACCAAACCGGUCAACUUCUGAAUUCUCUCACCAAAUCUAUGAACGGAGACCGACCGAUCUGGCAGCUAGCCAAAGAUUCCGCAAGUCUCACUUCGAACAUUCAGAGCAAAGUGAGCAGAAAACGGAAAAAGUGGGUCACGACCAUUUCCAGAUCCAUUUCCUGAAACACUGGCUCUCCACACUCACCCUGGACACGCCUACCGUACCCCCGACCACUACAACUCCCCGUCCGGCUACUGUAGACCCACUGGCACUUCCGUACGACGAAGGUACGGGCAACAGUGUGUUCGUGAGGUUGGCCUACAAGAUUAUGGCCAAGUACCUGAAAAAGUUCCGUAAGUUGCUUUUAUUGUUUCGCUUUGAAAUUGAUGAAUAAGAAAGGUACAACUCCCUCGUUUUCAGGCGGUGAAUGGUCAAUUCUGGAUCGUUUCGAGUGUGUCUGCGACGGGAAUCUCAUUGAACUUCUCAAUUCGAAAACAUUCAUCAACAUUCAAAUUGCGCAUGAUUAG